AUGAGUAAUUCUACUAAAAAGGAUGACUGUCAUGACGUGACAAUAGAUAGCACUAUAUCAGAUAUUGAAAUAGAAAGGUCAGGCUCUACAAAUAAUGUUAUGAUUGAACCAAGUCCCAAAAGUUCUUCAGAAUUGUUGAGCUCAGAAUCAGUUAUUUCUGAUUCGGACGCAAGACCAUCCAAAUUGAUUAUUUUAAUCACGUUAACAUCAUCUAUAAGUGGGUUUAUGUUUGGGUAUGACACCGGUUACAUAUCGUCUGCGUUGGUGAAUAUUGGCACUGAUUUGAGCAAUAAAUUAUUGUCUAACGGAGAGAAAGAAUUUAUUACGUCUGCUACUUCUUUGGGUGCGUUGAUCGGGGCUAUCAUUGGAGGCAUAUUAGCCAACUUGAUUGGAAGAAAAAUGGUGUUGUUAGGAUCAAACGUUAUUUUUGUUAUAGGAACUAUAAUUCAAUUAGCUGCACAUACUGUUUGGACGAUGAUUGUUGGUAGAUUUGUUUUGGGACUCGGAGUGGGCAUUGCGUCUUUGAUUUCGCCUUUGAUGUUGAGUGAAUUGGCACCGUCAAAAUAUAGGGGCCGUUUGAUUGUUACCAACUGUAUGUUUAUAACUGGAGGUCAAUUGGUUGCCUAUUUUAUAAACUGGGGAUUAACUGGUGUGAAUAAUGGGUGGAGAGUAUCUGUUGGAUUAUGUAUGGUACCCCCUAUAAUUCAAUUUGUGUUGUUUUGUUUCUUACCCGAUACCCCAAGGUUUUAUAUUAUGGUAGGUAGAGUUGAAGAAGCUAGAAAAGUUUUGAGCAAAACUCACCACAAUCCUUCCAAUGCUUUCGUUAAUGCAACUAUUCAAGAUAUGAUCGCCUCCAAUUCGACUGUUCCAGGAAAUAAUCCAUUAGUUCAAGCGUGGAACUCAAUUAAAAUCAUUCACACAAAUCCAGCAAAUUUUAGGGCAUUAAUCUUAGCUUGUGGCUUACAAGGUAUACAGCAAUUUACGGGGUUUAAUUCUUUAAUGUAUUUCAGUGCAACAAUUUUCGAAACUAUUGGGUUCGAUAAUGCAACUGCAGUAUCUAUUAUUAUUGCCGCUACGAACUUUGUGUUUACAGGGAUUGCAUUAUGCAUUAUUGAUAAGAUAGGACGUAGACGUAUCCUAUUAGGUGCAAUUCCAUGCAUGUGUAUAUCAUUAGUUCUUUGUGCUAUUGCCUUCCACUUUUUAGGUGUGAAGUUUACAUCAGAUUCUGAUGUCAUUGUUGAAGCGAGAGGCAUUACUGGCUGGGGGAUUGUUAUUAUUCUCGGUAUGGUGUGGUUUGUGGCUUCUUACGCUAUUGGUAUAGGUAACAGUGCUUGGACUGGUGUUGAAUUAUUCUCAGAUGUAAAUGUUAGAGCUGUCGGCUGUAUGUAUGCUGCUGCUACUAAUUGGGCUGGUUCCUUAGUUAUUGCAUCCACUUUCUUGACCAUGUUGGAGAAUAUUACACCUCCUGGCACUUUUGCAUUUUUCGCAGGUUUAUGUUUUGUUGCAUUCUUUUUUGUUUUUUUCUUAUUGCCAGAAGUUUCAGGCUUGGAACUAGAAGAAACUACAGAAUUUUUAGCAAAUGGAUUCAAUGUUAAGGCAUCUCGUCAAAUUUCUAAGGAUAGAAAGAAAGUGUCAAAAUUCGUUACUCAAAAUGACGAUCACAGUGCAUAA